AUGUCUUUUGCGAUCGCCGACCACACCAAGCUCACGACCAACGCAGACGGUUCCUGGACGAGGAAGCCGUCCAGCUUCAGAAACACCAUAGAGAAAGGUGGCCAGUUCGAGCCCGAGAAAGGCCGUUAUCUGCUCUACGCUGGCUAUGGCUGCCCUUGGGCGACCCGCACGCUCAUCACUCGCAAGCUGAAGGGGCUCGAGGACAUUAUCGAUGUCGUCAUCGUGUCGCCACGGAUGACUGAGAUGGGCUGGCCAUUCGCCAAGGUUGACCCAUUCCCGGGUACAAACGAUGACCCCCUCUUUGGCGCUUCCCAUCUGCGCGAGAUAUACCUCAAGGCGGAGCCCGACUAUGACGGCAGGUACACUAUUCCCGCACUAUGGGACAGAAAGACGGAGACUAUCGUGAACAACGAGAGCUCAGAGCUCAUCCGCAUCUUCAACUCGGCGUUCAACCAUCUCUUGCCUGCCGACAAGGCCGCCAUCGAUCUGUAUCCUGAGCAUCUGAGGAAGGAGAUCGACGAACUCAAUGAGUGGGUAUAUACCACUGUUAACAACGGCGUAUACCGUUGCGGCUUCGCUUCCUCCCAAAAGGCUUACGAGGACGCGAUGAUCCCUCUGUUCGAGUCUUUGGACAGGCUCGAGAAGAUUCUCACUGGCAAAGAGUACCUGGUCGGAGACCAGCUGACCGAAGCAGACAUCAGGCUGUUCGUCACCAUUAACCGCUUCGACGUUGCCUACUACACGCUCUUCAAAUGCAACCUUCGCUCCAUUCGCCACGAUUACCCUGCCAUCCACCUGUGGUUGCGUAAGCUCUACUGGGGCGACAAACCCGCGUUCAGAGAGACAUCGAAUUACGACCACAUCAAGGCCGGGUACUCGCACACAAAGAACGGUUCAGCUGCGAUCGUGCCUAUGGGCCCGCUUCCCCACAUUCUCCCUCUUUGA